GACAGCUUGCCCACUACGAGAUUGGCCAUUGCCACUGCCGCAAUGUCCACUCCUCUUUCCUCCGAAGAUGAAGAUAUCUUCGAGCGGCUGCAGAACCGCACCGACCAGAAGGUACUAGAGGAGCAGCAACAGGCUAUCAAUGAGCGUGUAAACGCUAUAUAUCAAAAAGCACAGACGCGUCUUGGUGAAUUGAUUGACCAAAACUCUACUCUGCCAUGCGCCAUUUCGUCAGUCCAAGUCGUCGGUACCCCGCACACGUCAAGACGAUUCUUGGAGCGGAUAUUUAAUCCGCUGCUAGAGAGUCCAAAGGACAGGCCCUACACCCUCUCCGAAGUUCUGCAGGUAGUUUCGGCACGCGCGGACAAGCUCAACAGAUUCGACAUUUUCCAGCAGCCAAUUUCCAUUUUCCUGGAUCAAAAAACCGAUGCUGAUAGCUUGGGAAAAUUAACCAACAUCGAUGUCUUCUUGACCGUUAAGGAAAAGUCUCGUGUUUUGUUGAAGACUGGAACUGACCUCGGCAAUGCGGAGGGUUCGGCAUACGGAAACCUUCUCUGGCGGAAUGUCUUUGGCGGCGCAGAGACAUUGAACCUAAAUGCGUCAUUGGGAACAAGGACAAGGUCGGCUUAUCAGGCCGCCUUCGAAUCACCGAUUUUUAGUGACCCUGACUUCCGUGUGGAGUUUGGCGGAAUUGGAAGUUCGACGCAGAAGCCAUGGGCUAGCCAUGAGGAAGUUCUUAAGGGUGCCUGGACGAAGUUGAGAUGGCUCACUCAAUCUGGUCAGCGCCACGAACUUGGCUACAAUGGCUUUUGGCGACAGGUUACCAGCCUCUCUGAGAACGCCUCCCCUGCGGUCCGAGCCAGUGCGGGCGAUAGCGUGAAAAGCAGUGUGUUCCACAGCUGGGUCAACGAGCAGAGGGACAACCCCCUUCUUCCUUCUCGCGGCUAUUAUGCCAAGCUCUUCAAUGAGGUGGCUGGUUGGGGACCUUUGAGAGGAGACGUUUCGUUUUGGAAGUCCGAAAUUGAAACCCAGGGAGCCGUGCCCAUUCCAAUUCCCGGUAUCAAGGGUGACAGCGGUAUCAGUUUGACUACUGCGUUCCGUGCCGGUAUUCUCUACCCUCUUGGCCUUGGCUCUGACCCUAGACCCAAGCCCUCUCGCAUCAAUGAUCGCUUCCUUCUUGGUGGACCUACAGAUGUUCGCGGUUUCCGCCAGUGCGGCCUUGGUCCCCAUGAAGGCUCUGACGCCCUUGGAGGUGACGUCUAUGCUGCUGGAAGUGCCAACCUUCUCCUUCCUUUGCCGCGCGUCGGUGCUGAUAAGCCCUUGCGACUGCAAGCUUUUAUCAACGGUGGGCGCUUGCUACCCCUGCGCACUGCACAAAAGAGCACUCCAACCACGAGUGAAGAAGCCAAAGACGCUAUGAUCUCGACAGUUCGCGAGCUAGGAAGUGGCUUGCCAAGCGUCGCAGCUGGUUUAGGUCUCGUUUACGCUCACCCUGUGGCCAGAUUUGAGCUGAACUUCUCUCUACCACUAGUGAUCCGGAAGGGUGAGGAGAGCAGAAAGGGUCUACAACUGGGAAUUGGAAUCAGCUUUCUGCCCCCCCACAAUCCAACCUCUGGCCUCAUGGCCCAAUACUACCCGCCACAACAACAACCCUACGGGGGACAUCCUUCUGCUCAAAACCUCCAAUUCUUCCCGUCGUCUUACUCUUCCGUGUCUGGGCACACAACGCCCUCACAAGCUUCGUAUGGUGGUUUCGGAGCCUCAUCAAACCAACCCGCUCAGGCAUACCCUGGAGCUGGAUAUGGCGGGUUCGGUUCCAUGGCCGGAGGUGUGAGUGGACGGAUGGGAGAACAAGGUGGGCUAAGAACAGGCUGGUUGGCCGCAUUUGGGACGGAGGGAUACGAUGGGGAGCCGCCGCUCUUAGAAGAGUUGGGUGUCAACUUUGAGCAUAUCCGGACGAAGACGUUAACAGUCUUGAAUCCCUUUGCGCGGAUCGACCAGCAUCUCAUGGACGACAGUGAUCUGUAUGGCGCUCUACUCUACAUCGUUCUGUACGGCACCUUCCUUCUCCUCUCUGGCAAGGUGUUCUACGGAUACAUCUACGGGGUGGCGGUGUUCGGGACUGUUGCCCUCCAUUUAAUCCUCAGUCUGAUGUCGCCCACCGUUGACCCCGGGUCUGGCCCCAAUGCCGCAGACCCAAACAACUACCACCCGCACCACAAGCCCACCGUGUCCAAUGCCUCGGGAGCAGACAAUUUCUCGGCCACCCUGACGUUCCCCCGCUCGGCCAGCGUGCUCGGAUACUGCUUCCUCCCGCUUGUCUUGACCAGUCUCGUCGGCAUCCUGAUCCCCAUGGAUACCCUGUUCGGGUAUCUGGUGACGACUGCAGCCGUCGGCUGGUGCACGUACAGCUCCUCGGGCAUGUUCUGCGCCGUCACCCAAAUGCGCGGCAUGCGUGGACUAGUCGCCUACCCACUGGCCUUGUUUUAUGUCGUCUUUGGAAUCAUGGGCAUCUUCUCGUCGAGAGGCAGCGGUUCACUGGCUGCAAAGACCGGCGCGGCCUGAAGCGUGCCUGACCCUGUUGAAAAAAAAAGAAAAGAAAAGAAAAGAGCUGUGGCUUAUGGCUUGGGGUCUUGAAUGGUGAAUAUCAAUGGUUGGCACAUGGGGCUCUGGCUAGGGCUAUAUAGACUUAUCUAUGAAUUUGACGAAGCGAGCAGUUAGUUACU